AUGUUAAGUCCAGGUGUUUGUAGACUUAUGUUAAAUAGAGAUUCUAAAAAAUUUUUUAAUCAAUGUAGAGAUAAUCCUGAUUUUAGUUUUUUACAAUGUUGUUAUUCUUGUCACUUUACUACACAAGCAUAUCAAAAUUAUGCUAUAUCAGGAGAUGAAUUAUAUGAAAAAGAUGCAAUAAAAAUGUUAUUAAAUCCAUUUAAUUCAACUAAUGAUAAUUGUUUUGAUCGUCAUGGAAUAUCAUUUUGUGAAUCACUUUUAAAAAGACAAGGACGUUGGUCUUCCAAAACAGCAUCUUGUUCUCAAUCAUCAUUAGCAUUUCGUGUAUGUAGACGUAGUUGUGGUUAUUGUUCUGAUCAAACAAAACAGGCAACAGUAAAGUAUGACAGUGAAGUAGCAAAAGAUAUAAAGAAAUGUUCACGUCUUUUUUAA